AUGUGGAAGCAGCAGACGGUUGACACUUCCCAUCUCCAAAAGUGUCCGAUGUCAACGCACAGGAUGAUGCUGAUCGGACUCCUGCUUCAGGUCUUCUCCCACGGUAGCACUCCGGUGUCGGCCUCUUACGACUGUCUGCUGGCAGAGCAGGGCUGUGUCCAAGAGCAGUCAUGCAUGGUCCUCUACCGCCUGCUGGAGUACUGCGCGGCCGAAGAGGCGGUCUCGCCGCUCGGCCCGGACGCCCGCACCGAGUGCCUGGAGGCUCAGAACUCCUUGCAGCGCCAUCGCCCCCUUCAAGUGUGCAAAUGUCAACGUGGCUCUCGAAGGGAGGAACACUGCCUAAGGGUCUACUGGACUGUGAGGUUUGGAGCAUAUGAUGAAUAUGAAGUGUCUCCAUAUGAAGAACUGGAGUUCAGCCUGGUGAGAAAUAUUGAGAUGUCACACAUGGCCUCCAUCAUGGCAGCUUCGUCUGUGUCCAUGGACGGUCACAAUCAGUGUCUCAAGGCAGCCCAAGACUGCGGUCUGUACGAGAAAUGCGGUUCCCUGCGCUCAGAGUACGUAGUGGCGUGCACCAAACGAGCGACAGCCUCCGACAACGGCUGCAACCGUCAGAAAUGCCACCGGGCCUUGCGGCGCUUCCUGGAGCGUGUCCCGGAGGAGUACAGCUUCGCCCUGCUCUUCUGCCCGUGCUCCGAUACCUUGUGCGGAGAGCGCCGCAGAAAAACCAUCGUGCCCUCUUGUUCCUAUGAAGAGAACACCAAGGGAGAGGACCGAAUGGGCAAGCCCAACUGCCUCAGCUUACAAAACUACUGCUCUCGGGAUGAGCUAUGCAGAUCCCGGUUUGCUGAUUUCCAACACAACUGUCAGCCAGCUCCUCUGUCUGCUUCUGGCUGCAUGCGAGAAAGCAGAGCAAUGUGCCUCAAGGCCUACGCUGGACUCAUAGGCACCAUUAUGACUCCCAACUAUGUGAGCAACAGCAGUACAGAGGUGUCCCAGUGGUGCACUUGCGAUGGCAGCGGCAACGAAUGGCAGGGCUGUCAGCGCAUCCUGCACAUGUUCAAAAACAACAUCUGUCUGCGUGCCGCUAUCAGCUCCAUGGGAAUUUCCGUGGCACCCCCCACCGAGACCAGCCCCGUCCCGGCUCCCGAGCCUUCCCCCAGAGUCGACGAGGAGAGGGUCCACGCCGUCAACUCUCUCCCGGAAUUUACUACCAUUGAGACCAGUGAAGAAGUGGAAGAGCAAGAAGAGGUUAAGAGUGAAGAAUUCAAUAUCAUCCCACCGUAUUCUGAGAAAGACUCCAACAGUGAGUCAAGGGCCACGGAGAGGCAGCGCGGAACGGCUAGCACGGUGGCGCCAGUCUUUCCGCUAUUGCUGCUGUCUAUUUUCGUCCUGGAUUGGGAUUGCUGGAGUAAUUAA